AUGAGGAGUGAGUGGAGUGAGCGGAGUGAGCGGAGUGAGCUGACCAAGCUGAGUGAACGGAGUGAGUUGAGAGAGCGGAGUGAGUUGAGAGAGCUGCAUGAGCAGAGUGAGAUGAGAGAGCUGAGUGAGCGGAGUGAGAUAGAGCAGAGUGAGCUGAGUGAGCUGAGAGAGCUGAGUGAGCGGAGUGAGUUGAGAGAGGUGAAUGAGCGGAGUGAGAUAGAGCAGAGUGAGCUGAGUGAGCUGAGAGAGCUGAGUGAGCGGAGUGAGUUGAGAGAGCGGCAUGAGCAGAGUGAGCUGAGAGAGGUGAGUGAGCGGAGUGAGAUGAGAGAGCGGAGUGAGCUGAGUGAGCUGAGAGAGCGGAUUGAGCUGAGUGAGCUGAGAGAGGUCAGUGAGCAGAGUGAGUUGAGAGAGCGGAGUGAGUUGAGAGAGCUGCAUGAGCAGAGUGAGCUGAGAGAGCGGAGAGAGCUGAGUGAGCUGAGAGAGGUGAAUGAGCGGAGUGAGUUGAGAGAGUGA